AUGAUGCGCUUCGCUCUGACCGUGGUCCGGCAUGGAGAAACAAGACUUAACAAGGAGAAAAUAAUUCAAGGACAAGGAAUAGAUGAGCCUCUUUCAGAAACCGGAUUUAAACAAGCAGCUGCUGCUGGUAUAUUUCUUAAAGAUGUGAAGUUUACUCAUGUUUUCUCCAGUGACCUUCUAAGGACAAAGCAGACCGUGCAUGGGAUUUUGGAGAAGAGCAAAUUUUGCAAAGAUAUGACAGUAAAGUAUGAUUCAAGACUUCGAGAAAGGAAAUAUGGGGCCGCGGAAGGCAGGCCGCUGAGCGAGCUGAGGGCGAUGGCCAAAGCGGCAGGGCAGGAGUGCCCAGCGUUCACACCACCCGGAGGAGAGACCCUGGACCAGCUGAAAAUGCGUGGAAAAGACUUUUUUGAAUUUCUUUGUCAACUGAUCCUGAAAGAAGCCGGUCAAAACGAAGAGUUUUCCCAGGAAGCCCCGAGCAGCUGUCUGGAAAACUCCCUGGCAGAGAUAUUUCCUUUAGGGAAAAACUGUGCCUCCACAUUUCACUCGGACAGCGGCACCCCGGGCCUAGCGGCCAGUGUCUUAGUCGUGAGUCAUGGUGCCUACAUGCGGAGCCUGUUGGAUUACUUUCUAACCGACCUCAAGUGCUCGUUCCCAGCGACUCUGAGCAGGUCUGAGCUCAUGUCCGUCAGCCCUAACACAGGGAUGACUGUCUUCAUCCUAAACUUUGAGAAAGGAGGCAAGGGGAAACCAACCGCCCAGUGUGUGUGUGUGAACCUGCAGGGCCACCUGGCCGGGGUGAGCAAAACUCCCUAA